AUGUCGUAUCCAAUUCAACAAUAUAAUCCAAAUAACAACGCUCUCAUCGAUCCACAAUUCGACAAUACACUUUUAGGCAGUAAUAAUGAUGGCAAUAUGUUUGGUUCAUUUUAUGGUCUUGCAAAUCAAAUGAUGUCUGAAAUGUUACGUAGUGGUCCCAAUAUUGGUGGUGUUUCAACAUUUAUGAGUUCAGAUUCAAACAAUCCGAAUGUAAAAGUAUUCGGUUUAAGUUCAAUGAAUGUUACACAAAUAUCACGUGGACCAGAUGGUCGUCCACAUGUAGUUCAAGCUCAUGAUGAACGUCGUAUGGGACCAGGUGGAGUUUGGCAAACAAAAAAAGCAUUACGUGAUACAGAUCGUGGUGUUGAUAGAAUGCAAGUUGGAUAUUUUGUUGGUGAUCGUGGUGAAAUUGUUGAACGUCAAUUAGAUCCAACUAGUGGACAAUAUCGACAAGAUAUAAAACGUCGUGGAAUUCCUUCAAAUGAACAAAAUUUUUCAAAUCAUUGGAGAUCACAAGCACAACAAUCUAUGCAACGACCACGUCCUUUACCAUCACAAGUACAGCAACAACAAUUACCUUCGUCUUAUCAACAAUAUCCACAACAAGCUUUACUACCAUCGGCACCUUCCUAUCAAUAUUAUUAG